UAAUGAUAUUUUCUUUCUUAGUGUAAUUAGGUAGACAGCUUUUAUGAUAAUUGAAUAUGAUUCAUAUUGGAAAGCUUCAUCCGUCUAUUUCUACUGGUUCAAGAUGGUUUCCUAGAUUAGUUGUUAAUUCUUUGCAACAUUGUUGGUAUUCUACUGUUCAGCAUUCAGCACAAGUCACCAAUCAAAAUGAUAAAUUUCAAGUUGGCACACAAAUUCAUGGAUACACUGUUAUACAAUCAUCUGAGAUACCAGAUUUUCAUGCUCAUGCAAUUAUGCUGCGUCAUAAUGAAACAGGAGCUCAGCACUUGCACAUAACACGGGAGGAUCAAAACAAUGUUUUUAGUAUUGCGUUUCGAACAACACCUAUGGAUAAUACUGGGGUAUCUCAUAUACUUGAACACACAGUGCUCUGUGGUUCAGCCAAAUAUCCAUGUCGAGAUCCAUUUUUCAAAAUGCUUAAUCGCUCCCUAUCAACAUUUAUGAAUGCAUUUACAGCAAGCGAUUGGACAAUGUAUCCAUUUUCAACACAAAAUGAGAAAGAUUAUCAUAACUUAUUGAGCGUUUACUUGGAUGCAGCUUUUUUUCCUAACUUAAGAGAAACUGAUUUUAGACAAGAAGGUUGGAGAUUAGAACAUAGCAAUCUUCAAGAUAUUAAUUCACCUAUAAUAUUUAAAGGAAUUGUUUUUAAUGAAAUGAAAGGAGCAUUGUCUACAGGAGAAAGUAUUUAUCAGAAUGCAUAUCAGAAUCUAUUGCUUCCAAACCACACAUACAGCUUUAACAGUGGAGGUGAUCCACUUGAUAUACCAAAACUUACAUAUGACCAGUUAAAAGAGUUUCAUGUGUCGCAUUAUCAUCCCAGUAAUGCUAGAUUUUACACAUAUGGUACAUUUUCUCUUGAAAAACAUUUGUCACAUAUAAAUGAUCAUGUGUUAAAGAAUUUUUUACGUUCUAAUCCUCAAACAGAAAUUCCAUUAGAACCCAAGUGGUCGGAACCGAGGAUUGUAACAAUUAGUUGUCCUCCAGAUAAUUUAGCAGCUGAUCCAGAAAAACAAACAACUGUUUCUGUUGGUUACAUGCUUGAUUACUCUGAAGAUCCUUUUGAACAGUUUGUUUUAAAUAUACUAUCAACCUUAAUGGUCAGUGGCCCAAACUCCCCUUUUUACCAGUCCCUCCGUGAACCAAAUUAUGGUAGCGAUUAUUCACCUGUAACUGGUCUUGACAGUCAAACCAAAAACUCAACGUUUGCGGUUGGCCUCCAAGGAAUUCAUGAAAAUGAUGUUGAAAAAGUUGUUGCUAUUAUUGAAGAAACUUUUUUAAAGAUAGUCAGGGAAGGAUUUGAACCAGAAAGAAUUGAAUCUAUUCUUCAUAAUGUUGAACUUUCUCAAAAACAUCAGACUAGCAACUUUGGAUUAGCUUUAAUAAUGGCUGUAAUACCAAGUUGGAACCAGGAUAAAAAUCCUAUUUCUCCUCUCUUUGUUAAUACCUAUGUUCAGAAGUUCAAGAACAUAUUAGAGAAAAAUCCAGCUUUUCUUCAGGAAAAAGUCAAAGAAUGUUUUCUCAACAAUACACACAAACUGACUUUGAUUAUGAAACCAGAUGUUGAUUAUACAUCAAUAAAAGAUCAAAAAGAAAUGGAACUCUUAGCAUCAAUGACUAAAAAUUUUACUGAUGCUGCAAGAAUAGAGUUACUUGAGCAAGGUUUAAAGUUAGAAGCAAUCCAAAGUCAUAAAGAUGAUGCUUCCGUUUUACCAAAAAUGAUGGUUUCUGAAAUUGAUCCAAAAAUUAAAGAAACAAAGGUAGAGGAAAAUAUGCUUGAUGAUGUUAAGAUAUUUACUUGUGAGCAACCAACCAAUGGUAUAACCUAUUUCAGAGCAAUUAUUCCUACGUCAUCAUUACCAUAUGUAGUUAAACCGUACCUACCAUUGUUUUGCAAUGUGUUAACAAGACUAGGUGCUGGUUCACGAAACUACAAAGAAUUGGCUCAAAUCAUUGAACUUACUACAGGUGGUUUACAUGCAUCACCCCAUCUUGUUACAAAUCAUGCUGACAAUGAUGCUAUUGAAUAUGGAAUCAUGCUUUCAUCACAUUGUCUCGAAAGGAAUAUUCCAAUGAUGUUUUCUUUAUGGCAGGAUAUAUUAAAUGAACCUGAGUUCAAUAAUCCUGAUCGACUGCGGACCUUGAUAAAUUCUGCAGCGAGUGAUUUAUCGCAAUCUGUUGCUCAAUCUGGUCACUUGUAUGCAAUGGCCUGUGCAGCAAAAGGUUUGACACCUGCAGCUCAACUAUCAGAACUUUUUUCAGGUCUUCGACAAGUUGAAUUUAUGAAGGAGUUGUCCGAACAAGAAAGCUUGGAUGGAGUAAUCGAGAAUUUAAUGAAAACUGCAAUGUAUAUAUGCAACUCAAAUGAUAUGAGGUGCGCAAUUAAUGCUCCAUCAGAAAUGCUUGAUUCCUCCAUACAUGCAUUAAGUGAAAUGUUAACCUCGCUUAACACUGUUGGUUUUGAUGAUCCAGAUUUCGUUCAGGACGCGGAUUUUCAUCCGAAGAGCCAAAAAACGUUUGUGGAAAUGGAUUUUCCAGUAAAUUACGUAAGCAAAUGUAUAAGAGGCGUUCCUUACUCUCAUGAAGAUUAUGCUAAGCUGCAAAUACUUCUGAGACUAAUGUCAGCGAAAUAUCUUCAUCAAGAGAUAAGAGAGAAGGGUGGCGCUUAUGGUGGCGGAGCAAAGAUUGAUAGCGGUGUCAUUUCCUUCUAUUCGUAUAGAGACCCGAAUACAUUGUCGACUUUAAAUUCGUUUGAAAAAUCAGUCAUCUGGGCUAGCGAGGGAAAAUUCACUGAUGACGAUAUAGAGGAAGCAAAGUUGUCAGUUUUUUCGCACAUCGAUAGUCCGGUUCCCCCAUCAAAUCGCGGAAUGCCGUUGUUCAAAAGUGGUCUUACAGAUGAAAUUCGUCAACUUCAUCGCGAUCGUUUGUUUGCAACAAAUAGGAAUGACCUAAUAAAUGUUUCUCAAAGAUAUCUAUUACCUGGUGCACAAAAAGAUGCUUAUGCAAUAAUUGGACCUAAAAAUGAAGAAUUAAGAAAUGAUCCCGGUUGGAAAAAGUCAUUAAAGUCCGUUCCGUAAAAUAUCUUUUGUGAAGUGGAUAUGAAAGAUAUAAGGAUGAAAUCGGCUGCAUCUCUUAGGGAUAGUUUAUCGCUGACUGCAGGAACCGUCAAUAUAACAAAUAUGAAGGAAUUUAUUGAAUUGUUGGCAAAAAAUAUUUUUAAGAGUAAAUUUUUUAAUAAAAACAAGAUCCAUUUUAAA